GCCGGAUUUCACAUGGAAACGACUCUGGUCUCAGUCUUCGUCCUCAUCCCGGUCUGUCUUGGUCUCGUUGUGGAUUUGGGAGCUUGUUCUUGGAGGAGGUAGUGACAGACCGGUACUGGAUCUGAACUCUGGACUAUGAAUGAAACGACAACAGCGUGACUCCGUUCGUUUCCACCUCGAGGUCAGCGACUCACUGAAGUCUUGCUCUGGUUCAGAUCCGGUUUCCACCUGCUGGCGUCCGUCUCCUCUCUGGUCAUAAUCAGCGCUGGCCUCGGUUUGGAGACUGACUGAUCGUUACGCCGUCGCGACGCUUCAGAGGGACCUUGAUUGACAGGUCUCCUCCAGAGGAAGUGUGAGGAGUCGCCACCGAAGGGAACAUGUGCUAAAGGUCGUUGGUCUGUCCUGAACGAGUCUAGAAGAUGAGCAAUGAGGAUGAGUUCUACGAUGCCGUCACAGGCCUGGAUUCAGACGAGUCGUACGAAGGCGUGUCCGAGGCCAGUUUCAAAGACGCGCUGGUGUUCGACGGCAGCGGCCAGAAGAACAAUGGAACGGUUCCACAGGAGAACGGCAUCAAGAAACACAGGACGUCGUUACCUGCGCCCAUGUUUUCCAGAAACACCAUCAGUAUCUGGAGUAUCCUGAAGAAAUGCAUCGGUCUGGAACUGUCCAAGAUCACGAUGCCCAUCGUCUUCAACGAACCUCUGAGCUUCCUUCAGAGAAUCACAGAAUAUAUGGAACACACAUACCUCAUCAACAGAGCCUGUUCCAUGUCCGACUCCAUCGAGCGCAUGCAGGCCGUGGCUGCGUUUGCUGUGUCAGCUGUUGCGUCUCAGUGGGACAGAACUGGAAAACCUUUUAACCCUCUGCUGGGAGAAACCUACGAACUCACCAGGGAGGAGCAGGGCUUCCGGCUGGUGUCGGAGCAGGUUUCCCAUCAUCCCCCUGUCAGUGCCUUCCACGCCGAGAGCCUGGUCGGGGACUUCGUCUUCCACGGCUCCAUUUACCCCAAACUCAAGUUCUGGGGUAAAAGCGUGGAGGCGGAGCCUAAAGGGACGAUCACACUAGAGCUGCUCAAGUACAACGAGGCGUACACGUGGAGUAACCCCUACUGCUGCGUCCACAACAUCAUCCUGGGGAAACUGUGGAUCGAACAGUACGGCACCGUGGAGAUCAUCAACCACAGUACUGGAGAUAAGUGUGUGUUGAACUUCAAACCAUGUGGGAUGUUCGGUAAAGAGCUGCAUAAAGUGGAAGGAUACAUCCAGGACAAGAGUAAAAAGAAGCACUGUGUGAUCUAUGGGAAAUGGACCGAGUGCAUGUGGAGCGUGGACCCUCAGGCCUACGAAGCCCAUAAGAAGUCUGAGAAGAAAGGAGACAAUAAGAAGAACAAACAUGAGGAGUUGGACAGGGCAGAGAACGACGAGGCCGACGACAUGCCUGAGGUCCAGGAGACGGUGUCGGUCGUACCAGGAAGUACCCUGCUCUGGAGGAUAGAGUCCAGACCCGCACACUCAGCCACAAUGUACAACUUCACCAACUUUGCAAUGUCUCUUAACGAGUUGGAGGCGGGGCUAGAGGCCGUCAUCGCUCCGACCGACUGUCGCUUCAGACCCGACAUCAGAGCCAUGGAGAACGGCAACAUGGAUGAAGCAAGUAAAGAGAAAGAACGACUGGAGGAAAAACAACGAGCAGCCAGGAAAGAGAGAGCGAAGAACGAAGAGGAGUGGUCCACCAGGUGGUUCCAACAGGGAUCCAACCCGUUCACCGGAUCCCAGGACUGGAUCUACAGCGGCGGAUACUUCAGCCGGAACUACCAGGACCUGCCCGACAUCUACUGACAGCCUUCAUCCUCCUCCUCCUCAUCAUGUGACCACAGACUCCGCCUCCAUCUCAUCUUUUAUUCCCAUCGACCAGUGAACGCCACAGUGAACCCACGUUCACUCAAACACCAACGACUGGAUGACCCGGCGUGGACGGCGGCGGAUCAGAGGAAAACACACAUGAAGGAAAACGGAUUCAGACGCACGUCGACGUGUUUGCGUUUGUUUCCUCCUGGAGACGCUGACGAAGAAAACACUUCAGUCACAGAAGAAAAACUACAGACGAAAACUGGAAACACGAACAUCAGAGGAUCAGCGGUGGAACCAGACGGACGACUUAACCUGGGGGGGUCAAACAUACGGCCCGUGGGUCAGAACCGGACCGCCAAAGGUUCUGAUCCGACCCGUGAGAUGAAUUUAUGAAAUUACACUGAAGAUAUUAACAAUAAAUGUGUUCGAAUCAGUUC